AUGGCAAGUGUCUCAUGGUUUUGCGAGAACCACGAUCUCCCGCGCUCGAUCAACAGAUUCGCAAACGAUGCACCCAAAUACCACGUCCAGAGCGGUAAAGCACUCUCCGUACUCCUGACGACGCUCUCCGGCACCCUAUUCGUCUACCAGGGCCAGGAAACUGGCAUGGUCAACGUGCCUGACGCACGGAACAUCUCCGACUACCGAGACCUCAACUCCAUCGCCUACUACAACAACGCAACGCUGAACGGAGUCAGCUCCAGCGAGGCUCUCGCGAACCUUGCCCUGAUGGCGCGAGACAACGCACGCACGCCCUUCAACUGGGAUGGCAGUGGAAACGCGUUCUCUGUCAACAAGACUACCUGGACUUCGCGAGCCAACCUCGACAUCAACCUUGCGGAUCAAAGGGACGACCCGAAGAGCGAGCAGAAGGACUCAUUCGUGUACGGUGAAUUCGAGUUCCUCGAUUGGGAGAGCGAGCAUUUCCUGGUAUACCAAAAGACAACUGAGUCUGACAAGGUGGUCGUGUUUAUUAACCUCUCCACUGAGGCGGACAAGCCGCCAGUGGCCACUCCCAAGAAUGCCGAGCUGCUUGUGCACACCCACGACGACCAUUCUGGGGCUGCGUUUGAGCCGUUUGAGGGCAGGGUGUAUAGGCUAUGA